CAACUCUGAAAGGUUAUAUGGACUUUAAAUAGCGAACUCACGUGAUGUGAGGGGACUAGCAUUCGUCCGUAUUCGUCGAAUAUCGCGCUGUGUUGCUGACACAGCCACUUCCGUCCCCUCUUGUUCCGCUGUCGAUUUUUGUAAUGCACUGUAUAUGCGAAAAUGCGCUGUUGAUUGUGUCGGACAGUCUUGAAAUAUUAUCCUUAGGAAGGACAAACACUCGAGAUUCAUAUCUACACUUGGAUUACCACAAUUUAGCUCGGAUACAAGUUGUGUGAGUUUCGAGAACGAAGAAGCGACACAUAGCGGCUUGUAACCGAGCCUACUCCGCCAUCAGGACGGUCGGGGCCGAGCGGUAAUGGCGUAGGGAAGGGAUGGUAGCGGUGGGGGGCAUCUGCACCCUCAUCCUGUUCUCUCAAAGGUCAGUUUUUAUUACCCGUGAAAUGUACCGUCAACAGUCCCAUCCAUCAAAUCACACUACUCAAUUGGCCCGAUGACUUCGUGUCAUGUUACCACAUCAUGUUUUUAACUUCACCGCGUAUAAACUGCUCAAAGGCCUUGGUGAUCAGUGCGCACUUGAUGGCGGCCGACGCUUAGCAGAUCGCGACCUUCAUCGACGUCAGAAACACUCGCCUCUCAAGUGAUUCACUUCAAAAGGGAACUAAACCAAGUCAGGCAGUCUGUGAAUUCCAUAGAUAAUUCUCGGAUUGUCUAGGGACCAACAUGCUUAUUCCAACAUUCAUCGUUACCAUCGUUUGCUGGGAAGCGUCUGGCUUGUAUCACGGUUCGCCCGCGCUGAAUCUCUUCAGGACACAAAGCAGACAAUAUCAAGACGUAAACCAGCAACAAUAUCGACAACAAUAUCAGGGCAAAGGUGGGCAUUUGCCGCUGUUCAGAGAGUCUGAAGGCUCACCGCAAGCUCCGCAGUCCGCAUCUUACACCAAUCAUGUAUCCGCUAUCUCGACACAGUACCCCCGCGUACAGGAAGUACCCGAGCCUGCGAUACCGUCCAGCAGUGAUGGUGGCCGGUACUGUGUAUAUCAGUCCUCUAAGAUAGUUCCGUGUCCCGUGAUGCAGUUCAGGGCGGUAAAACAAUCUUAUCAUUACUACUGCCAAAACACAAGACAGCUCUGCACGGGACACAGAAUUGUAAAUGUUCCUUACUACGUCACGGAGAAAAAGAGAGUGUUUACGUCACACAGAGACUGCUGUCCAGGAUUUGAGGGCUCAAAUUGUGAGAAAUCUUGCUAUAAUUGUUCUACGUUCCAACAAAUCGCAAAGAGACUAAAAGCAGUUGAAAAUUCAGCCAGGCGCGGAACCAGCAGCGCAACGCUAGGAGGGCGUGGUCCUCAAGGGGUGAGAGGGGACCGCGGACCCCCCGGGCCCGCAGGACCCCCUGGACCGUCAGGGAGAUAUGUCCCAGGCCCCCCUGGUCCACCUGGGAGGACUGUUAUUGGACUUCCUGGUCCACCUGGUCCUGCCGGUCCGAGAGGAAUCCCUGGACUUCCUGGAGCAUCCUUUGGCACCGAGGCCAAUAUUCGGCAGCCUUCGUCCGCGAUGGUGCGAGACUUGAUGGAACAGUUCUCUAUCGUGAUGUACAGGAUUCGGGAACUCGAGGAAAGAGUUGACGCGUGCAACUGUCCGGUCCGUCGUGCACCGCGCCCCUCAGAGAGCAGCGCAGCCGCGCACUCUUCAGAAAGAAGUGGCGGGAAAGCUGCAGCUGAAGGGGAGGCCUGGGUCCGAGUGGUAGACGAGAACGUCCGGCCACCCUCACAAGCCAAGGCGACGACGACCAAGACACCCCCCGCAACCGCGCCUGCAGACGAUCUGUUUGCGCCACCGGCUCUAUAAACGCUUGACUGCAAACUAGCCGAUUAGUGUAGGGCUAGAUGAGCUAUAAUAGUUAAUUUAUUUUGUAAAAAAAAUGCUUAUAAAAGAUAUAUUGCUUCGCCAAUC